AUUUUUAAAUUUCUUUUUCUUUGGGGAUUGGCCACUUCCAUUUUCUGCUUCCUUGCAAAUGAUGGUGUUGUUAAUUGCAAAGUGUUGUCGUAGGAUCAAGUCACUGCCUAUUGUUCAUACCCAUCUCUGUGUUCUUUGUUUCUCCUUUCUGGUUGUUGCUGGUAAUCAUCUCUGGGUACUGUCCUUCGCCAAUCUGCAAUAAACAAACCAGGAUUUUCCGCUUGGCUGAUCUUGAAAUCCACUGUUAUGUCCUGCCAUCACUUUCUCAAACCCAAUUUCGAUAUGCCCAUGACACCGAGACCUUGUUUGGUUCACCUUGGAAUGUGGUAUGGUAAUGGAAUGCCAUUCCAAACCAUGUUUGGACGGAUUCAUCAACAUGGACUAAAAUCACCCGAGAACUGGAUUCCCCUAAAGUUGCGGAAUUUAACUAUUCGGGUAGAGCUGAUAUGGCGAUCCCGGGGAAAAAGAAAUAACUAGCGAAUUCAACCGACUCGUGAAGUGGUGAGCUUCAUUCAUCAUCGUCACGACCCCCACCCCCGCCGCAAGCUUGGCCAAGGUACCGUUACUCCAUUCGCUAUCAUGAUUGGAUCUUUGUCUAGGACAAAGCAAAGAUAAGAACGAGUAUCACGAUAGCUUGAGUAGAGCCAUUGUCGGAAUAAUUAAGCACAUAAGACAUGGCAAGCACUGAGCAUCCAAAGAGAAGAGUGGCAUUCGUGCUGAUUGAUGGUGUAGGCGAUGUGUCUCUGCCAAGGUUUGGGUACAAGACUCCUCUCCAAGCAGCUAGAGUGCCUCAUUUGGAUGCCAUUGCGUCCGCCGGUGUGAACGGUCUCAUGGACCCUGUUGAAGUAGGAUUGGGUUGCGGAAGUGAUACCGCUCAUCUUUCCUUGUUGGGUUAUGACCCGAGAGUGUAUUACCGAGGCCGUGGCGCGUUCGAGUCCAUGGGCGCGGGAUUAGCGAUGUCGCCAGGUGAUAUUGCAUUUAAGUCGAAUUUUGCAACCUUGGAUGAGAAAACUGGAAUAGUCAUCAGUAGGAGGGCUGACAGACAUUUUGAAGAAGAAGGGCCCAUUCUUUGUUCCGCACUGGAUGGGAUGAAGCUUCCGUCUUUUCCCGAGUAUGAAGUCAGAGUCAGAUAUGCAACUGAGCACAGGUGUGGGGUGGUUGUAAAGGGUCCAAAGCUGAGCGGGAAUAUAUCUGGGACUGAUCCAUUGAAGGACAAUCGCUUACUUUUGCAAGUUGAGCCUUUAGAUGAUACUCAAGAAGCAAGGCAUACUGCUGCCGUUGUUAAUGAGUUAUCCAAGGAAAUUUCUCGCAUUUUAAUUUCUCAUCCAUUGAAUGCAAAAAGAGCGGCAGAAGGGAAAAACAUUGCAAAUGUUGUCCUGCUAAGAGGUUGUGGGAUAAGAAUUGAGGUUCUUCCAUUUGUCAAGAAACAUGGUUUGCAGCCGUGCAUGGUAGCUCCCACAAAAAUCAUAGCUGGUCUGGGACUAUCACUUGAUAUUGAUAUCCUACAAGCUCCAGGAGCAACUGGAGAUUAUCGGACGCUUUUGACAUCCAAAGUAUCUGCAAUUGCUAGUGCACUCUCAGCUCCUAUGCAUGCUCCUCCAAAAGUUUUCGUACCAGGGGAGGAUGUGGACAAACCAGGUCGACCAAAUGGCUAUGAUUUUGGUUUCCUCCAUAUUAAGGCAAUAGAUGAUGCUGGCCAUGACAAGGCAAGCGUUUUCAAAGUAAAAGGCUUGGAAUCUGUGGACCGAGCUAUUGGGCAACUAGCCAGACUACUUUGGCAAGUGGAAUCAACCGGGAAAUUUCAGUACGCCCUUUGUGUGACUGGGGAUCACUCUACACCAGUUGAAUAUGGAGAUCACAGCUUUGAACCCGUUCCAUUCGCGAUAUGUUGGUUGAAGGACCUUGUCGGUGCUGUAGGUGGUGACUCGGUUCUUGCCAAAACUUCUCUCGAUCCCUUUCCCCUUCCUAGUGUUAAUGGUGGAGAAGACUUGGACGUUGUGGCUAUGCAAAAAGAGGGAGGGACCAAUCGAGCAAGAGCCUUUAACGGCGACUCUGUCUACGAGUUCAGUGAGAUUGCGGCGGCGAGUGGAUGUCUCGGGCGCUUUCCAGGAGGAGAGAUGAUGGGGAUAGUGAAGUCAUUUCUGACACCGAAUGCUUGACUUCCAUUUUCUGAUUGAGGAAUAACAUGGCCUUCAGGGCCCUCUGUACCCACUUGUGAUAUACUAACAGGCCAAUCUGAUCUGGGGAUUCUUUUAAACAUUGACGAAAGCCUCAUCUUCUGUUGUUUAUUGAA